AUGUACAAGGGGGACUAUCUAAAAUUCUUAGCCUCAUCUCAUACCAAGGCUGAAUUUGAGCAAAUUAUCUGCACACUCUGCUACAUAUGGUCAGAACGCUACCAGGUGCCUUCUCCAUCUACUGCUCCUUCUGCACCUUGGCAGCCGCCUCCAAUGGGUACUCUGAAGCUAAACAUUGAUGCGGCCUCUGAUAAAACUAGCAGUAAGAUUGGUGUUGGUGCUGUCAUUAGAAAUUCUGUCGGUCAAGUCAUUGCUGCCCUCUCUAUGCCUAUUGUUGGUAAUUUUGCAUCUCACGAAAUGGAAGCUAAGGCAAUGUUUCACGGCAUCAACUGGGUUCUACAGCAGCAGCUUUCCAUCUCAAUUGUUGAAACUGAUGCCCUCUUAGUUUCCAAUGCUUUAAAGUCUCCAGCAGCUGGUAUCUCAACCUUCAGUGAUCUAAUUAUGGACAUAUCUUACCUCCUUUCCUUCUUCCCUAAUACUAUUGUAACUCAUGUAAAGCGAAAUGCUAAUUCAGUUGCAGAUAGUUUGGCAAAGUUUGCCUUAGGGUUGGAUGAGAUUUGUUCUUGGUGGGAGAAUUUUCCUCUUUCCAUUUACUCUAUUAUUGUCAAUGACUCAUUUUAA